AUGUUUUCGAGGGUAUUACAGAGUGGAUUUGGCCUUCUGUCAAACUCUGCAAGGGCGACCGUCUCUUCUCCUAGCAUUCCAGGUUUUCUACGGCCAUUUUCUACUAGUUCUGCCAAAUGGGCUACAUUGAAUCAGGUUAAACGUGGUGUUGAGCCACCACGUCGUAAGAGAAUGACAGUUUCGCCAGAUUUAGACCGUUGUCCUAUCCGUAAAGGUGUUGUUCUACGUGUAAUGGUUCUAAAGCCCAAAAAACCUAAUUCUGCUCAACGUAAGGCAUGUAGAGUUCGUUUGACCAAUGGUAAUGUGAUCAGUGCAUAUAUCCCAGGUGAAGGUCAUAAUGCUCAAGAGCACAGUAUUGUCUACGUGCGUGGUGGUCGUUGUCAAGAUUUGCCUGGUGUCAAAUACCAUCUAGUACGUGGUGCUGGUGAUCUAAGUGGUGUAGUUAACAGAAUCACUUCAAGGUCCAAAUAUGGUGUCAAGAAACCUGCAGCAGACAGCUAA